GAAGCUUUUUGCACUCCACCACCUCUGGCCGCUGGGAAGACGUCAUCGCUUCCGCCCCACUUCCUCCUCCUGUUGGCGGCGGUGAGAAUCCAAUAUGGAGUAAAUCGGCGGAGUCGAGAGAUGGGGCUCCGACUGGGCGCCCUGCACCGCCUCCCGGGCGCACCUCCCCCGGCCGCCGACUGCUCCCCGGAACCGUGAUUGGCUCAGCGCCACAGGGGCGACCCGUGACCGAGCCUCCACCGCAGCCGGCCCCUCUCCUCCUCCUCUCAGCAGUCCUCGCAGCUCCGAGGCGCGAUUGUUUUUCGCCUCCUCUCCUCCACCGUCGUCCCCAGUCCAAAUCUCUCUCUCUCCGCCCGCUCCCCAGCCCCCCAGAGAUCCCGCCUGCCUCGCCCCUCCGCGGCGCCCCUCCUCGCUGCGGCGCUCACUCCUCCUCAGUUUGCACCCCUACUUUCAAACACCCACCCGCGCUACAGUCUCCCUUCUUCCCCUUCUGCCUGCGACGCCCCCUUCAUCUCUAGCCGCCCCCCCCCCAUCAGGCGAUCUCCGGAGAUGUGAAGAAGGGGGGUGAGCUGACAGGAAGAUGAAGGGAGCAAAGCUGCUCGCGGCGGGACAGGCGUCUAGGUGAACAAGAAAAUGACCGAAGAAACACACCCGGACGAUGACAGCUAUAUUGUGCGUGUCAAGGCUGUGGUUAUGACCAGAGAUGACUCCAGCGGGGGAUGGUUCCCACAGGAAGGAGGCGGGAUCAGUCGAGUCGGGGUCUGUAAGGUCAUGCACCCUGAAGGCAAUGGACGCAGCGGCUUUCUCAUCCAUGGUGAACGACAGAAAGACAAACUGGUGGUAUUGGAAUGCUAUGUGAGAAAGGACUUGGUCUACACCAAAGCCAAUCCAACAUUUCAUCACUGGAAGGUCGAUAAUAAGAAGUUUGGGCUUACUUUCCAAAGCCCUGCCGAUGCUCGAGCCUUUGACAGGGGAGUGAGGAAAGCAAUUGAAGACCUUAUAGAAGGCUCAACGACAUCAUCGUCCACCAUCCAUAAUGAAGCUGAGCUUGGUGAUGAUGACGUUUUUACAACAGCUACAGACAGCUCUUCUAAUUCCUCUCAGAAGAGGGAACAACCUGCUCGGACAAUCUCCUCUCCCACAUCCUGUGAGCACCGGAGGAUUUACACCGUGGACCACCUCCACGACCCGUACCUCACGGACCACUAUCACCUCGAACAGCCCAUGCCAAGGCCCUACCGCCAGGUGAGCUUCCCGGACGACGACGAGGAGAUCGUGCGCAUCAACCCCAGGGAGAAGAUCUGGAUGACGGGUUAUGAGGAUUACCGGCACGCGCCCGUGCGGGGCAAGUACCUCGACCCCUCGGAGGACGCUGACUCGUACGUGCGCUUCGCCAAGGGCGAGGUUCCCAAGCACGACUACAACUACCCCUACCUGGACUCCUCCGACUUUGGCCUCGGCGAGGACCCCAAAGGCCGCGGGGGCAGCGUGAUCAAGACUCAGCCCUCCCGGGGCAAGUCCCGGCGGCGGAAGGAGGACGGAGAGCGCUCGCGGUGCGUCUAUUGCAGGGACAUGUUCAACCACGAGGAAAACCGGAGGGGCCACUGUCAGGACGCCCCCGACUCCGUGAGAACUUGCAUCCGUCGCGUGAGCUGUAUGUGGUGUGCGGACAGCAUGCUCUAUCACUGUAUGUCGGACCCCGAGGGAGACUAUACAGACCCCUGCUCGUGCGAUACCAGCGACGAGAAGUUUUGCCUCCGGUGGAUGGCGCUUAUCGCCUUGUCUUUCUUGGCCCCCUGUAUGUGCUGUUACCUGCCGCUUCGGGCCUGCUACCACUGCGGCGUGAUGUGCAGGUGCUGUGGAGGAAAGCACAAAGCGGCCGUGUGACUCAGUUUCCCUUCCUUCCUCCUCACCCAUAACCACAAGGGAACUUGUCUCUUACCUUCUCUAGCCUUCACCCCUGCUCCCUUUCACUCAAAGGAGCAAGGAAAGCAAGAAGCCUCCCAGCUCCCUGGUAGCUUGAGGCACCGUUCCAGCCUGGGGAAGCUGCGUGGUGGACUCUCCACUCCACCCCAGUCAUCCACGUGCAUCAACCACACACACACACACACUCACACACACAGUGUUCUAAGGAAAGGAACCUUUGGCAUAGACUUUUGUGUAUUAAUAACAAUCUGUAAUCAAGCUAAAUGUCUUAUACAUGUGUUUAUUUCCGUCUUUCUUCCCUGCCUCUUCUAGUUCAAAGGAGUCUGCAGUCAGAACUGCUAAGUUUGGGUGGGUUUUUGUAGUUGAGUUUUCAAAGAGCAUUCACAAGACUCUUUCUCUUGGUUCAGCUUGCCUGUUCCUACCAAGCAUCAGUUCCUGCAGAAAUGUAAUGUCAGAAUGAUGAAACCCUACCGGAAGUAUUUUAACCUGCAGUCAGUUAUUAUGUAUAGUAGGUGAGCUAGUUAACAAAUUUGUACCACAAAACAAUAUCGCUUUAACUUUUCUAAAGCCAAAUUUUCCGUGUAAGCUGCAGUUUUUGUCUUCAGACCAUCAUUUUCUGCCCCUCGGAAAUUCUGUCAGAAUUAUUCAGUGACGCAAAAUAUUCACCUGGAAAAUGACUGAGAAUAGAGCCUUAACUUUAGAUUAACUGGUGAGAAUCAGGAAAAUUCCUUAAACUGCAUUGUAUCCUCUUGGACCAGAUAUAGAAAGGGGAUUUAAGUUUUCUUUGAGCCUCCCUAAUUACCCCUAAAAUGGAACUUUUAAAUUGUUUUGCCACCACUUCAAAAAAUGUCACAUUAGGAUAAAACACUAAUGAAGUAAGAAAUUUUGCUCAUUGUUUUGCAAGCCUAAAAGUCCAUGCAAACAAAAACCAGUGUUCUGCAAAUAGGUUCCACCUGAGAAACACUAAGUUGUGGCAAAUAAAACUAUAGAGGCACCCCCACCCCACAACCAUGUCUAUUUUAUAUUAAGGGGGAGGAAUGUAGUUUUAAUUGUCAUAAACCUGAAGAAAUGGUGGGUUGCAUUCUAUUUGUGGCUCUUUGGGUUUUAUUUUUUAUUCAAUUUCACAUCACCAAAUCUUUCAUACUUAGGGAAAAACAAGGCCAUAUGUAAAAACCCUUCCAAAUGCCUAAGUGUCUUUCUGCCGCAACUUCAAACCCAGAUUUGCCACAUCGGGUGCACAGAUGGUUAGGUCAGCCAACUAACUCUACCUGUUGCCUUGCCAUGUAGGAGGCUUCUCAUUAGCUGGAAAGAAUAUUUUUCUAAUGUACUGCAAAGAAUAGCCAAAUCUUACUGAAGAAACGAGAAAUGAAGAGUGAGUUACCUGUACCUGGCUUAGAACAAUCAGAGCCUUGUGGAGCCCGCAGGCGCAGGCUUGCCGGUGCUGGCUGCUCUUCCUGCCAUGAUCUUUGUAGUAAUUGCCAGCUGAGGACAUGGCCUGGCCCCCCCUGUCCUCCCUGCCCCAAUCCCUUCUUUAUUGCACACAGGCCAUCCCUCUUCAAGGAAAGGGACUUUUUUCUAGUCUGCCAAUCAUAUUGGGAAAGUGCUAGCCACGCUCACCAUUGAGAGAAUGUUUUCCCUCAUCUGAGAGCCCGUGACAGUUCUUUGGUCAGAUCAUCAGUGUAAAUACCCAGUGUGCUUAUGAGUUAGUUGGCAGACGUUUUCUUUUGUUGGCGUUACUGGUUUGAGCCUUCUGGUUUGGAAACGGAGCAGAGAGCCAUCAAUCUGGAUUGAUAGAACAAAAAAGAACCUCUUCUGUGUCUGGAAAACAUCUGGUAGACAACAUUCAGCCAGCCUCCAAAAGUUGUUGAGAAACCAUCUCCACCCACCCCCAUCCCUCCCUGAGAUAUCUCCUCAGGUUCUUACUUAAGGUCUCCUCUCUAUAAAGCACAACACUAAUGUAUGUUUUGUUAGAUCUCAGUUCAAGUGCCCCUAUUUAUUUCAAUAAGAAUAUACAUUUCCAAGCCACAUUUUGUCAUCUUUAUUUAGUCAUUCUUUGUUUCUAUCUUCCUUUAUCCCUUGCCCUUUUCCACCCCUUUUAAGAGUUAUGCUAGUGAAUCUUAGUCCACGUAUACUUUUUCGUUUGUGAAGCAAGCGGUUAAGGGCACAAGGACAGACAUGGGGACAUUCAUGUAAAUACAUCUUUAAUCGCCACACUGCAGCUGAACAGUGUGUAGUAUUUUCCCAGUCAGCUUUACCAUACUGACGUCAAUCAUUUGAGAGAAAUUAUUCAGAUUUUAUUUUUGUAUCUGUGGUAACAAAAUAUUAACCAAAAGAUUUUUGUUUGGAAGCUUCCCCCUAACCCCAAGCUAUUUGCUCACAUUAACAAAUUAAAGUGCCUGAAGCAUAAUUCAUUCUUUACCUGUAUACUAAAAACCAUGUUGUAUUGAUUUUUUUAUAAUAAGCAUUUUUACCUCUGUGUAAAAAUUAUAUAUACAAGUGUAUGAUGUACAUUUUAGUUCUUAACUCUUUUUUAUGGUUUCUAAUAUGUAUGACCAAUGUAGCCAUUGCUUUAAACUGUACCAUGUAAAUAUAAAC